CGUCUAUCGACGGUCUGCCUCAUACACCUCUAAGUUUGGGACCACGCGUCGACUUGCCUCAUUUUCGAAUCGAUCAAGGGUUGGAACAAGGCACCUGAUACUCAGAUAACAGCAUCACCGGGGAGAUUGGUACUGCGGACGCGCAGACUUGAAUGUUACCUCAUUUUCGAACCGAUCAAGGCUCCGGAUUAAAACAGGCCUCAAUGAAAUUGAAUGACCCGACUUUUUCUCUGAGUAGGCUCGAGGAUCUCUCCACCACUUAGAUCUUUACCGUUUGCAAGCUCUUAAGCCAAUUCUCGACGAUCUUGUUCCAAAUUCUAUCCUGGCAACCAGCGUUGCGCUCAGUGGCUGUGUACUACUACAACUACACACUGACCUCACCAGAUGACCUUCGCUCAACUUAUUGGAUACGGUGUGCUCACCAUUGCAGUAUGGAAGCUCGCUCAGAGACGUGCCUACAGAAAGGCAAACGCCCUAGAUGUCGCAGGCCCAGAAAAGGAACACUGGUGGAAAGGCAACGUGGAGUCGAUGUUUGUGGACGGUUUCCAACGCUGCUUAGAUAUUGCCGCAGAAUAUGGUGGAGCUGUUAAGGUCCAUGCGCUGUUUGGAGAUAAAUGGCUAUAUGUAUCAGACCCGCGCGCGCUCCACCAUAUCCUUGUGAAGGAGCAGCAUAUAUUCGAGGAAAAUGACAGCUUUUUGGAAUGCAAUAAACUCAUCUUCGGCGAUGGUCUUAUUUCGACACUAGGGGAACAGCACCGAAAACAGCGCAAAAUGCUAAAUCCAGUGUUCUCUACCUCCAAUAUGCGGGAGCUCCUGCCCAUCAUUCAAACCAUUUCCCAUCAGCUAAAAUCCAUCCUCGUGUCAAACCUUUCUGCUGGCAAUGAGCAUGAUCAUGCAUCAUGCAGAGAGUCCGUAGAACUCGAUUUGUUACCCUGGCUCUCUCGCAGUUCUCUGGAUUGUAUUUGCGAGGGCGUGCUGGGCUACCAUUCAGCUGCACUAGACACAAGAAAAGAGGAUGAAUACACAGAUGCCCUACGAAUGUUAAGUUCAUCUAUAACUAAAUCCUUGAUAUUUCGACCUUUCGUUCCGAUGGUUGUGCGCAAAUUCUCUCUUUACUGGCGCAAAAAGAUAGCAGACUGGCUCACGAUGAGUUGGUGGCCGACUGAAAAUAUGAGGAAUCUCAGAGAACUACGUCACAUAGUCGAAAUCAUGGACUCGGCCAGUAGAGCCAUCUUUCAAGAGAAAAAGGCCGCGCUGCAGCCACAGCUACCCUCCCCCCUACAACAGGCCCACGACACGUCGGGAGGGACAAGGGGGAAAGAUAUGAUGUCUAUCAUGCUCAGGGCAAACACCUCCUCUUCCGAGGCAGAUAGACUAAGUGAUACCGAGCUUCUGGGACAGAUGAACGUUAUGAUUUUUGCUGGUCUCGAGACGACCACGGUAGCUGUGGCUCGUGCACUAUACAUGCUUGCCAAACACCCUGACAUCCAGGAGCAACUGAGGACAGAAAUUUGUGGUGCCAUGGCUGCACAUGACGUCGACCGUUCACACACUAAAGACGAAAACGGAUAUGCCAGACUGUCAUACGAUGUAUUGAUGAAUCUUCCUUUCCUGAAUGCAGUUGUUCGAGAGACAUUAAGGGUCUAUCCAUCGUUGCCUAUUCUCACUCGGAGAACUACAGAAUCAGCGUCAGUCCCACUACAAUUCCCGGUCCGGUCUGCAUCUGGCAAAGAGAUCGAUACAAUCCAUCUGGCCAAGGACCAGAGGAUCAUCAUAUCCAUCAUUGCUGCGAAUCAUAAUCAAGCUGUCUGGGGCGAAGAUGCGUCCGAAUGGAAACCCGAUAGAUGGCUUAAAUCUCCUCAAGGGGUCACACCUGGGAACAAGGAUGCAGUGAAAUAUCCGGGUAUUUAUUCAUCUAUGAUGACCUUCCUUGCAGGCAAUCGUUCUUGCAUAGGCCUCAAGUUUGCCGAAAUGGAAAUAAAGGACGUAUUGGCCACUCUUCUGCCAGUCAUUCACUUUGCCCUGCCGUCAGAACCUGACGACAACGGGAAUGUGAAAGAGAUACACUGGAAAAUGAGUGGUUUCCACACACCGGUGAUAAAGGCACCUGCAGGAGAUGGUGAAACUCCUCUACUGCCUUUGAGCAUGCGGCUCGUGCGAGAUUGAUCAUUUGAAUAGUUUGUUUUAUGAGUGAUUUGGAAGUCAUGGCUCAGUGUAUGGCAGUUCAUGGUCGCGAAAGAAGGAAAGAUGGCGUAGAGACUGAUGUAGAUAGUUAAUUCGAGUUUGACACUGCAUGCCUUACUGUACUACAUACUCCACAUGAUAUGUUGGCAAUUGUGAAUAAGUGUACCUUGAGUCUACCG